ACACAACGAAAAGCUAGCAUAGAAAACGACGAUAUAUCACCAUCUGUAAGUGACACAAUAAAAAGAUACUUAAGAAUGGCAAGAAAAAAAAGCGUUGAAUCUGAUAAAAUAGAUAGGUUUAAACGAGUGAACUAUGAUCGCAAUAUAAGAAAUAUUAAAGGUAAAGGAGAACCAGAUAUAUGCGAAGGUGAUGAUACUAAUAAAUCGAUACAAACAGACGAUUCGUGGAUUUCGAUUUUAAAAAAUAUUGAUGACAAUUCUAAUUCAAGAAUAACGAGUUCUAGGAGCAGUAUUGAUACUGGCACGACGUUUAGUGGAGAAGAACUGUUAUCACCUCCUUUAUCCCCACCGAAGUCUCUUAACGCUCCCGGAAUGCAGAAGUCAAGAUCUUCAACAAAUGUUCAGCAAGGGUUUAUGUCCAAACGUAUAUGGAAAGGACGUUCAAAAAGCCAAACUAGAACAAAUACUGUUGCAUCUCCUUGGACGCCAUUGGUAAGCAUUUCUAUUAUUUUGUUGAAACAAAAAUUUGCUCGCAAUAUUUUUCCAACUAAAAAAGCUAUAUCGUAUGAAAAUAAAUUAGAUAAAAUCAAGGUUAUUAGUUAUUACUUUAUAUAUGGUUUGUUUACAGGAAAUGUUUUAUCAUCUGGUCCUAAAAAACGAAGACCAUAUCUUUUGAAGAGAAGAGCAAAUACCACCGGCAACUUGAAAGAUAAGGAUGAUAACGAAAGUCUUUAUCCACACACAAUAUUUGGAGUAUCGUUAAACGAUUGCUUAGAACAAGAGCGAUCAUCAAGAUCUCACUUAAAGGUUCCAACCGAGGCUCAAUAUGUGCCAAAAUCCCCACGUGGGAGAAGCAGUUUUUCAAGUUAUAUUGAAGUUCCCAAAGAUUCUAGUGAGCGAUCUCAUUCCUGUGACUCUACAUCAAGCACACCUGUCAGUGAGUUGAUUAAAACUUUCACAAGUUCUAGUUCAGAUAUUUUAUCUGAUGAUAAUGAUAGUGACAUAAAAUCAAACAAAAAUGGAGUUCCUAGUUUUGUCACAUCAUGCCUGAACUACUUAGAAACAUAUGGGCUUCACAAAGUUGGAGUAUUCCGGAUAAGUAGUUCGAAAAAACGUUUAAGACAGCUUCGAGAAGAUUUCGAUCACGGGAAAACGUUAGAAGAAACAUUAUCAAAAAAUGAAGAUCACGUACAUGAUGUAGCUACUUUAUUAAAAGAAUAUUUUAGGGCAUUGCCCGAUGCAUUGCUCUGUAACGAUCUUUAUCAAUGUUUUAUACAAACUCAGAGUACAAAUGGAUCCAYUCAAGAGUCAAAAGAAACUUUAUUAAAUGUACAAGACAAAACUGGAGCAAGUGGUUCUCCAGAAUAUKAGUCAUCAAAACAUUUGGAAAGUCAGGAAAAAAAAAUUUGGACGAGAGGAGAAUUCACACACCAAAAUUCCGGAAUAGGCGGAUCGGAUGAUACUGAAGAUUAUAGAUAUAAGCCUAGAGAAAGAGAAACCAGAAGAAGCCGGAGUAAAGGAGUGACGGCUUUUUUCCCAGACGAUGUUGAAGCAUUUACUUACCCAGUAUUUGAACGCAUGCAAAUGAAUAAAAAGCCUGAAAAAACGUCAAGUAAUCAAAUACAUGCCAACGGGAAUCAAGAAAAUGAUUAUGACGGCGUUAUAACUGCUAGUUUAAUGAUACCCGUGCCUAUUAAACAACUACCUAAUUCGUCAUACCCAUUGAAUGUAGAAGACACCGAUAUACCGUUUAUUGAAGACGAGAGCAGACAAAGUAAUAGUUCUAUAACAAAUUAUCAUCGUAUGUUAGCUACAGUAUCUUCAGACAGUAGUUCCGUAUCCAGCCCACCGACUUCACCUGAUAAUGUCUAUGGAGCAACAAAUUAUACUCCAGAUUAUUAUAACAGAAAGACUACAAAAUCAGACCAAAGGAGUAUGCAAUCCACUAAAGACUUAACGAAGGACGUAGACUCYGAUCACUAUAAAGCAGAAAAAAAAGGAAAAGAAAAGGAUAUAAAAUUUUAUCAGAAAAUAUUAUCCAGCACAGGUCUGGAUAGGCUAUCGAAAAGUGCUAGUUCUACUGGUGUCACUAAGAAUUCUGUGUACAAAGAAAAGUUAAAACACGGACCGGACGACACGACAUUAUCUCCG